GCCCUUUUGGCACCCCGGGGUGCAGAACACGCGUAUUUCGUACGAACGGCUUGCGAAGUGGGGGAGUGCAUUCGCUAAUCGCCAGUGACGGCCAUGGCAAUAGUACGAGCGAUACUGUGUCACGACAGUCGUCACGACACAAUCACGGCGAUCACGACUUCAAAAAAUUUUCCAAGACCUGUGGCUGAAAGAAAUCGAAGCAAUUAGGUUGUGACUAGCAUUCGGGGGUGUACUGUGUACCGCGAACGUGAGUGUUGAGAAAAAAGUGGUCGAAACUGACUUUGCUGUGAAAACCACCAGGAAACUGUCAAAAUGAGUGGCCGCAUUCUAAAACUUCUGAAGAGCAAGGAGACUCGCGACUAUUUUAUGAGUACACAUUUUUGGGGGCCCAUCACUAACUGGUUGAUACCGAUUGCUGCCAUAGCUGAUAUUCGAAGAGAUCCAAAAUAUAUAAGUGGCAAAAUGACUCUAGCAUUGUGUUUGUAUUCAGCAAUGUUCAUGAGAUUUGCAAUUAGAGUCCAACCCCGGAAUAUGCUGCUGUUUGCCUGCCACUUUGUCAAUGAAGGGGCCCAACUUACGCAGGGUGCACGAUUUGUGAACUAUCACUAUUUGGAAAAGAAGAAAGAAUAGUGACACUAUUCACAUCUAAUAGCUCAGGGAUAUUCAAUUGCUGCCCAAUGAAUCAUUGUUCAAACAUAGGUCCAUAUGUUAUCGUAAUCGCGCAUGGAACGCGAAUCCAAAUUUUUCUUGGAUCAAGAAAUGUAAAUAUUCUACUAGUGUUGAAAAAAUAUAACCAGGUAUGAAGGAUGUUAACUGUGUUCAUGCAAAAGUCUAAUCGGCUGUUUAGAAAUAUUUUACACCAUCAUACAUUUUGAAUAGACCGAGAAUAUCUCAGUUUUCACCAGUGUAUGUAAUUAACAGAAAUCUCAAAAUAGCAAAUGCUGGAAAAUGUGAUACCGUAAUAAACGUAAAACAAGUACAAAAUGAGUACAAUACUUGAUGCUGAAAAACUAAA